AUGUCGCAACAGACACCACUGGCAUACGCCGUGGCGCAAUGGCUCCAGCAGUCGUCGGCCAGCGUCCCCGCCGAUCAGAAGGCAAAGCUUCAGCAAGCCGCCAAGAGCGUCUCGGAAGCCUUUGGCGUAGACACCUCGUCGUCAGAGCAGCAGGCGAAGUACGGAUCCGGUCCUGGUCUUCAGGCCAUCUUUGACAUCUUCCUCAAGACGCAAGCCAAGAUGGGCGGGGCUGCACCGGCACCCGCUGCGUCCACGUCCUCUUCCUCUUCCUCUGCCGCUCCUGCUGCCGCCGCCCCCGCUGCUGCUGCAACACCAUCGGCCGAGGACCUUGCCAAGGCAGAACAGCUCAAGGCGGAAGGCAACAAGGCCAUGUCGGCCAAGGACUACGGCGCUGCCAUCGAGGCGUACGGCAAAGCUAUCGAGCUCAACGCCAACUCGCCCGUCUACUUUUCCAACCGUGCUGCUGCCUUCAGCCAGAUCGGCCAGCACGACCAGGCCAUCGACGAUGCCAAGCAGGCUAGCAAGAUUGACCCCAAGUUCGGCAAGGCAUACAGCCGACUCGGCCACGCCCUCUUCAGCUCCGGCAGGUACGAGGAAGCCGUCGAGGCGUACCAGAAGGGUGUCGAGGUGGAUCCCAGCAACGAGGUGCUCAAAAAGGGUCUCGCCGCAUCCAAGGAGCAGCUCUCUUCUUCCUCCUCCUCUUCGACAGCCGCUGCAGGCAACACUUCGUCUUCGCGCGAUGCCGUCUCCCCACCCACCUCGGGCGGCGCCGAUGCAGGUGCCGGUGGCUUCCCCAACUUCGGCGGCGAUGCAGGCGGAAUGCCCGACCUGGCAGCCAUGAUGAACAACCCUAUGAUCGCACAGAUGGCGCAGAACCUUAUGUCAAACCCGGACAGCUUGGCGUCCCUGAUGAACAACCCCAUGCUGCGUCAGGCUGCCGAGCGGUUCGGAGGCGGCGGUGGCAUGCCGGACAUGAACGCCAUGAUGAACGAUCCUGCGUUGAGGGAUAUGGCGAGGAACUUUAUGGGCGGUGCUGGAAGAGGGGCGGGUGGUGCUGGUCAGGGCGGCAACAACAACAACAUGUAUGGUUAG